AUGCCGCAGGGGCUGAGGACUGAGCGCGACUGGAACGUCUUCCAUUAUUGUUCAACACAGUACAUGAGGCUGCUCACUUCACCUGAAGCCACCUCUGAGUUUCGAGACGUUUCUUUGAUAUUCGCAAUCGGGUUUGACAAGCCUUGGGUGAUGCAUUCCGCACUGGCUCCAGCAGCGCUUCACGCUUCCUUUGCUUCUUUGCUCCCCAAAGAGGACGCGAUGCUGUACACUCAAAGCGCUCUGAAAGGACUCCAGCAAGCGCUUCAGCCAACGAGGGGCCGAAUCCCUCCCGAAGAAGACGCAUUCCUUGCAGCUUCACUGUUCCUCGGCGACUUCUACUCUUCGUCGUGCAGUGCGAGCCUGACACAUUAUCGCGCCAUAGCCAAGAUACUGGAAGAUCGAGUGACGAAGAUUCCCCGUCUUGACAUUUCCGAGCUUUCAAUCCUGCAUUCUACUCUCCUCGACUCCGUCCUUUAUCAUUUCUCUACGAGGUUAAUAUUCGAGAAGGACAUCGACCCUACCUGCAGAUCAUUCCCGUGCCAGACUAUCAUUAAGUAUAUGGAAGCAUUGGAGUCAGCGAAAAGAGACAAGUGCAUUGAACCAUUCAUUCUCCCUGUACUUGGUCGGACACCCCCACCGUUGUUCGUUCAAAUCUACCAGAUCACAUGGUUGAGCAGGCAGAUUCCUUUCAACCAGUGUGAGCUCUAUGGACUAGCCACACAGUGUCUAACCGAACUGGAGGGCCUGGCACAAGACUAUCCGCUGGUUAUUUCUGACAUCGUGCCAUCUUCAGAGUCCACUGUCCCAGUCAAUCUCACCAACUCCGAGAUCGCGGCAAAGCUCUAUUACAUUGCGGCGCAAAUAUUUGUCGCCAAGGUCCUCAACCCAGAGGGACUUAGCAACCAGUCCUCACAGAUCCAGGCCCAUCUUCCUAGAGCGGCGGCAUUGUUGGAGAUGUACGAUGCAACUUUGCCUUGCGGACAAUUCAUCUGCUGGCCCCUGCUCAUUCUCGGUUGUGCAGCAUGUCCGACGAACACAUCUGAAGCGCAACACACUCAUGGUAGCAAUCCUGGCGCCCUGCAGCGAUUAGAACUGCGAUGUCUCAUUCAGGCGACACUUGUGCAAAUCUGGCAUGUCUCAUAUUCAGGCUAUGUGAAGCGCACCGCUGGCGCAUUGAAGAAAAUAUGGCAACUUCCCAGCAUACUUACAAAGGCCUCGGCCGAUACAGGGGCUGCCGGCGAGGAAGUUGAGUACGACGGACUCAUCGCGCUCGUCCAAAAGGAUGGUUUAGGAGCAGGCUUCCUAGUAGCAGAGAAUGGCUAG